AUGGCAGAGGUACGAACGCUGCCUGCGUUCAGCGUGCAGCAUGAUUGGCAAGUGGAUGUCCACAAUCCGGCAGAGGCGCAGCCAUUCUGGCUCGCCAUUCGACCAUAUGGCGCAGACAGGAGCUACCACGGCAAGUGCAAAGUGAACCGUGAUGGUACGCUGCAUGGCACGGAUGGAUACGACGUUCACAAGCUGGGCGAGAACACACUGGCGAUCAAGCACGAGGCUUUUGCAGACACCACCUGGCACAUUUCAUGUCCUGUGAAGGAGGACAAGGCCCCUUUCAACGGCAAGCCCCUCUCUGUGGACGUGUCCCCUGCUGGCGAUCUUCUCGUCUGCUCUGGCACCAAUGGCAGCGCAGCCAUCCUCAACACCUCCGACCUCAAGCCCUUGCGGCACCUCAAGGGCCACAAAGGCGACGUGCACACGUGCCGCUUCUUCCCGAGCGGCGAAGUGGUCCUCACAGCCGGUGCCGACUGGCGCGCACGCAUCUGGUCUGCUGUCGACAGCUCAAACCCGGUCUCCUUCACGCACGCUGGAGCUGUGCGGGAUGUUGCAAUUGUUGAUCGUGGACGCAACGUUCUCUCGGCGGCCAUGGACGGGCGUGUGCGGUUAUGGGACUGCGGUACUGCUGCCUGUCUGCAUUCGUUUGAAAUGGACGCAAAUCCAACGGCAAUCGCCCUCCUCACCUGCCCCGAUAUCGUCUCGUCAAACGUCGAGCGCGUUAUUCACGAGCGAGAGGCUGGAACAGAGGGCCGCGUCGUUGUUGCCGCUUCCCUCUCAAGGAUAACACUCAUCGACCUCAGAGCACAGCACGCUCUGUCUUCUGUUCAAGUUCCUAAGCCGUCUGCACUCUGCGCGUUUGAUGACGUGCAUUUUGCGAGCGGCCACGAGAACGGCCACAUUUCGCUGUGGGAUUGCAGAAAGUUCAGUGAACCUGUUGUGACCGUGAGCCGAUGGGAGGCGCCCGUCACCGCACUCACACGCGCACCAGUCACUGUCGCCAGCCGCGGUGCUGUGGUUGGCGCUGCAGACGGAAGCUGCUUUGUACUCGACGUUGACUCGCUCCAGACGCACGAGCUCUCAGGAUCAAACCUGGACCCGAUUGCGUGUGUGUGCGCGACGCCGCAGUCUGUCGUCGCUGCUGCUGCAGACUCGCGUCUCCGCACUUACACGUUUGGCGCAAUCGCUCGACCGGCAGCAUGA